GGGAAGGAUUUGGGACGUGCCUUAAGGAGAUCAAGUAUCUGUCGGAAAGGGUGGAAGCUGUGGAGAAGAAGGUUAGUAUCACCACAAAACGGAAAGGGACAUCAUCUCAAAACACUACCUCUCCACCUAAACCGACGCUCGAACCCGGGAGUGAAAGUGUUAAUGGGACGAACGCGGGAAGGAAGAGCUUGGCGGAGGAUAAAGGUCCAGAUGUGUCCGCAGCUGUGCCCGCAGAUGCUAGUUCCUCGAAAGAUAAAGCUCCAGAACGGAGCCUUGUUCUAUUGGACAAAAAUCAACCCACUGUUUCUGAUUUACAGAAGAAGGAUGCUAGAUAUCAGGAAAAGAGGGAUGCUGCUAUGGCACUUUGCCGUGCAAAGAGUGAUCGAACAAGGAAACUUGCUGCCUCACAGCAAUCUCCUUAUACGGCAAACAGCACGGCCAGAGUGAUCAUUUCAAAUAGAAAGCUUUAUCCAGGCUAUAAUCUUUUUCACCAAUUGACAAGAAGAAGUUGAAGGAGCUCGCUGAUUGGUUGAAAACUUGUCCGUAAGUGUUUGUUUUUCCCAUAAUCGCUUGCUUUUCCCAUAAUAGCUUGCUUUAGUCUACAAAAACUGAUUGCUUUUCAACAUUUUGUGUUUGCAGUCAUUAUAGAACAACUCUCGAUAAAAAACCACGUAAAAGUAGAACUUGGUGGUAUCAAAUCCUCCGAACCUCCUUAGAGUGGCUGGAGGACUGUGUAAGUCUUCUGCUAUGACUUAGAUGACUUACUGAUAAGUCGUCUACGUAGACGACUUAUCAGACGACUUAGUUCGUCUACGAAUUACUUGUAAGUUGUCUGGUAAGUCGUCUACGUAGAAGACUUACCAGUAAGUCGUCUGAUAUCUUCUGACUUGUACUCUAUUUUAUAUGCAGCAUAUUGAUGCUUGGAUUAAUGUGCUGAGGAAGAGGUACGACGCUAACCCACAACAUUUCAGGAGCGAGAGAAUGUUCUUCCUUGAUCAUCUCUUUGCUCAGAAAUGGAGAUUCAACUUCAAGGAUUUUAAGGGCUCGGAGCCCGAUCAGAAUGGUUUAGGAAGAAGACUCCCUGGUGGGGCGUGGAAUUAUUAUGCAGGCACUAUACCAUCAUUUUGCCAAUCGAACAAGGUUUGGGGGACGGAUAUUGAUGAUAUCUAUGCGCCAGUGAACUUCGCCGACACUCAUUGGAUUGCUAUGUUAAUAUCGAUCCCUAAGAGGCACAUAGUCGUCUUUGACAGCAUUUGUUCCAGUAUCUCCCCAGAAGAACUCGAUGUGGUAAUGGAACCUUUUCUCUACAUGGUCCCUUAUCUGCUUGUUGAGUGCGCUUCCUCAGAUGAACAACGUGCCCAAUACAGCCUGGAGCCAUUCACAUAUGAGAGACCGACCAAUAUACCUCCGGCCGGAGCUGGUGAUUGUGGCGUGUACACUCUAAAUUAUAUUGAAUGUCAUGCUCUUGGGAUAGAGUUUAGUAAAAAAGACUUUGCUAAGGCCAACGGGAAGAGUAUGAGGGAUAAGAUAGCGGUGGAUAUAUUUCAAGAGCUUCCUGACACGCAUGAGUUCGAAAACAAGGACAUGGAUGACAACCUGGAUGUGUAUGACGGGUGAUUAACAGGCCACGUUAGAUUAUUUUGUAUGAUAGAUUAGGCUGAUGUGUGUAUUUGAACUUGA